GACAGGAAGAGUUGAUAAACACACUCACACAUACGCACACACACUAUUAAGUUAUGUGCUGUGGUGAAUGUGCGUUCAAGGGCUGGUGUAUUGUCUCCAUUCUCUGGGAAAGGGGUGCAAAGUUGUGUGUUGAGUGUGUGUCCGGCAGUAUGUGUGUGUCUACGGAGGUAGGAGUUUGUGUUGUGUGUUGUUAAUGGGGCUCUCGUUGUGAGGAUGAGUGACUCGUUGGAGAGGACCACCGACACCCCUCUGCCUGGGCCCUCAGAGAAAAUACCCGGAGAGGGCUCUGACCCUGGGGAAGAGGAUGAGGGGGGUGAUGGAAGUGGGAUGCGUUGGGAGGAUGGAGGCCUGUCUGUGGAGCUCCAGAGGGGGAUGGAGACGCUUCGUGUGAGUGGAGAGCUGACCGACGUGACUCUGCGAGUUCAGGAACAGGACUUCCCCUGCCACAGAGCCGUGCUCGCUGCUGCCAGCCACUACUAUAGGUACAUACACACACACACACUCUCUCUCUUCCGUAGCUUUAGAAUGACCUCAUAUGUUUAUUUCACAACUUUGUCAAGUUAUGCUUAGAGUACAGUAUGUGUGUGUCCAGGGCGAUGUUCUGCAGUGGUCUGAGAGAGUGUCAUGAGAAGCAGGUGGAGAUUAAAGGGGUGGACAGUGAGACCAUGAAGAUUCUGCUGGACUACACCUAUACCAGCCGAGCCAUCAUCACACACACCAACGUCCAGAGAACGCUGGAGGCCGCCAGCCUGUUCCAGGUGAGUUUAGUAAUGCUACCGUAACACUGUGUAAACUCUAUAUAAAUGCUGUAUAAACACUAUGUUCUGGAAAUUCUACACAGGGACACUCAAAGUCAAUCUUAAAAGAAUCAUUCUUUAUUAUCAGCGUGCUGGAGAGGUUCCAACCAACUCAAUGCACCAAGUACACUUGUCGAUCAGGACCUCCCGCGGGGCAGACCCGUUAGUUCUCUUAUAUACAGACAAGUUAUGUUUGCAUGAUUAAUUCAUAAUUAAUUCAUCAUUAACAUGUGACCGACCAAUACUGGGUCAUGCAUGUGACAGACCAAUACCUCACGAGGCUUCUUCUCUCUAAGCUGUGACCUUGUUCUCAAAACAAGGGUCUGGGCAUACUGCCAAAGUGCAGAUACUGAUAGUGAGGAUUUGUUCAAUCAGUCACUUGCAUGAACACAGAAAACGGUUAUUAGAAAAAGAGGGGGUUGGAGUGGGGUGGGGUGGGGUGGGGGGGAUUCUACCCCAAAGCCAUAAGACUCCUGAACAGCUAAUCAUGGCUACCCGGACUAUUUGCAUUGCCCCCCACCAGAGAAAUGCAGUAGAAACAGAGAAUCUUUCAGCCUUUUUCCUUAAUCUUUGUCAUUUUAUCUCUCCUCCUCGUGACUGUCCUCUGUUUCUGUGAACUCAUAACACAACCUUAGGGACUUUUUAAAUAGAUGAGUGUCGAAUAUGGAAAUCCCGGUCUUCCUCCUUAUGGAAAUAACGCAUACAGUCACAAACUUCAUCAUAUUUCCUACUUAUUUCUCAUCAGACAGAAGAUGACUCUGAAUCAGGUGACAGUUGAGACAGGGAAGUGAAAGUCAUUCUUGUUGUUUACUCUCAGGAUCUGUUUUCCACUCAGGCCUGAAUUAGGCUCACAGCUGGAUUGACAGGGUGGGGCUAAGUGUGUGUUUGUGUGUGUGUGUGUGUGUGUGUGUGUGUGUGUAUGUGUGUGUAUGUGUGUGUGUGUGUGUGUGUGUGGACGUGUUUAACUAUUCUUGUGGGGACCAGAAGUCCCCACAAGAAUAGUAAACAAACAAAAAUUUGACUAACUGGGGACAUUUUGUUAGUCCCCACGAGGUCAAAUGCUAUUUCUACAGGGUUUAGGGUUAAGGUUAGAAUUAGUGUUAGGGUUAGAAUUACGUUAAGGGUUAGGGUUAGGAGCUAGGGUUAGUUUUAAGCUUGGGUUCAGGUUUAGGGUUAGGGUUAAGGUUAGGUUUUUGGGUUAAGGUUAGGGUUAAGGUUAGGGCUAGGGUAAGGGUAAGAGUACGGGUUAGGGUUAGGUUUAGGGUUAGGGGUUAGGGAAAAUAGGAUUUUGAGUGGGGCUGAAUUGUGUGUCCCCACAAGGUUAGCUGUACAAGACUGUGUGUGUGUGUGUGUGUGUGUGUGUCUGUGUGUGUGUGUGUUUGUGUGUGUGUGUGUGUGUUUGUAUGCAUGAAUGUAUGCGCGAGAGGGUUGAUUGAAGUCAAAUAAAAGUUUAUUAGAUGAAGAUAGAUAAAACAUCUUGUCUGUCAUCUUCAUUUCAUCUCUUGCCUCUGUCUCUCCCCUCUCUGUCUCCAUCUUCUCUCUCCAGUUUCCUCGUGUAGUGGAGGCCUGUGCAGGGUUCUUGGCUGACUCUCUCCAGCCAGAGAGCUGUGUAGGUGUGCUGCGUUUGGCUGAGGCCCAUUCCCUGCCUGCUCUGAGGGACAGGGUCCAGGACUACCUGGUUUCAGAGUUCUCCAGAGUGGUUCAGCAUGAGGAGUACCUGGAGCUGCCAGCGGGGGCACUGCAGGACGCUCUGAAGAGAGACGACCUGGGAGUGACACGUGAGGAGAGUGUGUUUGAGGUGUAGUAUACAUUUCAUUACCUUAAAAAAGCCAUAAUUUCUUGCCUUUCACCAGAUUUUUCAUUUACUUUAUGAGGAAUGCAAAAAUCCAUCCAUCCAAUAUAUACUCUACUGUAGGCUCUCAUGCGCUGGGUGCGAGCUAAGGAGGAGGAGCGAUGCCUCCUACUGGCUGGUCUUCUGUCACACGUGCGGCUGCCACUGCUGGAGCCGGCUUACUUCCUUGAAACGGUGGAGGCCGACCAGCUGAUUCGCCGCUGUGACAAGGCCUUCCCCCUGCUGCAGGAGGCCCGCACCUACCACCUGUCAGGCAACGAGGUGUGUGUUUGUGUGUAUAAAGGUUAGGUUAGGGUUAGUGUGUUUGUGAUUUUUACGCAUCUCUGUCCGUGUGUGUGUGUGUGUGUGUGUAGGUGGUCACGGAGCGUACCAAGCCCCGUUUACAGCACUACCUGUCUGAGGUGUUCAUGAUCAUCGGUGGCUGCACCAAAGAGGAGCGCUUCGUUGCCACUGUGACCUGCCUUGACCCCCUGCGCCGCAGCCGGCUAGAGGUCGCCAAGCUGCCAAUCACAGAGAUGGAGGAGGAGUCCCACAACAGGAAGUGGGUGGAGUUUGCUUGUGUCACCUUCCGGAAUGAGGUGUUCAUAUCCGGUAAGUGAUGCAGCUAGUUUUGUUACAGUCACAACGGAGAAUUUGGCCCUGAUAGCAUCUUUACUAAGAUGGAGCAGAGAUAUUGCAGGAAGUCAUAGUUUGGGAUGUUUGCACAAUCAGCUGUGGUUUCCUGUGUGAGAGUGCUGUAUUUAUUGGCUUCCUGUUUAUGGGAGGGGUUAGCACCAUAGAGAAUGAUAUAGGACUCUUCUUUGUAUCUGUCCCAUUAUGGCAUCUUUGAGCGCACGGGAAGCGCCAUUGAGGCCAUCUCCAUUUUGAAGUCGUCAAUUUCCUUCUUUUACUACUUCUAUGAGUUGGUAAACAAACGGAAAGGGUGCAAACUGCCACCAGGAGUGUGUUGUUUGAACAGGUAUAAAGCCAAGGUUGGCGAUUUACUGCCACCUGCAGUUAUGGAAUGUUUGCUUAAAAGUAUUAUUAAUUGGCUGAUCCUUCCUGAUGACCUGGAUGGAAUUAUGUGAUCAUUCCUUAACCCAUAGGAAGUCCCACCCAGUUGAUUACUUUAAAAUGGUGAAGUUCUCAAUGGCGCUGCCCAUGCUUAAACUGGCUUUUGGGAUCUAGAGUCCUCUAUCAUUCUCUAUGGUUAGCACUCAUUGACUAUGUUUCAUUCCAAAAAGAUGUCUCCCCCAAUCUUGCAUCCUAUCUUCCCUCACUUUCUCCUCCUUGUGGAUUUGAGGUAAAGGGGUAAAUGUAAGCAAAAGCUCCACUUAGUUUCUGCUUCGUUACUUAUUAUACUCAUCCAGUCCUAUCAGAUCAAUGAAGGAGACAGAGCAAGCACGAAGCGAGGAACUUUUUGGAAUGAAUCCAGAACUGCUGCGGUAUUCCUCAUUCACACACCAUUGGGAUUGUACACAGCCCCAUAUCCAGAGACAAUGCACAAAUCAUUUUAGAAUCCCAAGGUGCCUUCUUUCCUAAGGCAAGUUUCUCUCUAUUUUGUUCCCUCUACUAAGUGAAAUGUCACAGACACCUAGGUUGUACUAUAAGUCAUAACAUUAGGGCCGUGCACAAACCUUUCAGGCGGCAGGUGCUUAAACUGAAGAAAGGGCACAUGUGUGGAUAUUUUAGUAUAUGGUGGUUAGCUAGAGUCUAGACUACCUGUGUUGCUGCUGCCGACUGAGGAAGGGAUGGAGUUGGGUCAGAGCGAGGGUCAUUGAUGCAGCCGCACCUCUCUGUGUUUCUGCCUCUCUGCUGCGUGUAUCAGCCAACCAGACCCAAUAUUGAUGAUGAUGUAAAUCAAGUGUUAUCAAGUGUUAAUCAAAUGUUAUGCUGCUGUGGCAGUACUGUUGAUAUUUAAACUAUAGCUAGCUACACACACUCGACCGGUGACCGUAUCUCAAGCCAUGUAGCACAAUCUUAGUACAGGGCAGACUGGGGAAAAUGUGCAACCUCUGUACAGGCCAGACCAACAGGCUCAACCAAUAGACGAGGUAGGGGUGGGGGUUGGCAAACUUGACGACGUCACGACGACUUGCGGGCAAUGGGUUCAGAAUAACAACGACAAAACAUUUAUCCCACCAUCCAAAGGGGCACUUGGCGAGUGAGAGGGCAAAGGGGCAUGUGCCUGCCUAACGUGACUUUACCCUGCCAACUUUCCCUCCCUUACUUCAACAAACAAUGGUUGUUCUUCUAGGUCAACGGUUGUUUCUUUUUCACUCUCACUAUCAUCUUGUUGCUGCAGGAGGAAAAGAGACACAGCACGAGGCGUGGAAGUACAACGGUGCCCUGGACAGGUGGAUCCCCAUUGAGCCCCUGGUGACUGGGCGUUGGAGACACAAGAUGGCGGUUCACGGGGGGAAGGUGUACGCCCUGGGGGGGUUCGAUGGGACUCAGAGACUCACCAGCGUGGAAGCCUACGACCCCUUUCACAACCGCUGGACACAGGUCCGUCUGUCCGUCUGUCUGUAUGUAUUAUAUGGUGUGAUCACUCCAGUUAUUCUGCAUUGGAGCUACUGUCUGAUGAGACAUUGUUACACAAGAUGGCUGACAAAUAAUGUUUCAUAAGACUCAUUCACAAACUGCUCCGAUUCAUGUUACAGGCCCCACCCCUCCUGUUGGGCGUGAGCUCAUUCGCUGCGGCAAGCUUCGAUAAGUGGAUCUUUGCGAUCGGGGGUGGGCCCAAUGGGAAGCUAGCCACUGAUAGGCUGCAGUGCUGGGAGCCAGGGACUGAGAGCUGGGGCCUGCGGUCGCCCAUGCCCAUCGAGGCCAAAUGUACCAACGCUGUCACCUUCAGGGAAUGCAUCUAUGUAGUUGGUGAGUGGACUAAACCUGUUCUACUCUCAGUUCACCUGUGCAAUCAUAUUGAUUGUUUAUGUAUGUGUCCAUUUGUGUGUUAGUGUGUGUGUAUGUGUUGUAACAAUCCUGCUGUGUGUCUCCCCAGGCGGUGCCAUGCAUGCUCUGUACUGCUAUUCCCCACAGUCAGACAGCUGGUCUAUGGUGACCCGGCUGGGCGAGAGGGCGAGCUGCGCCAUCGCAGCCUGUAACAACAAACUCUUCAUCACUGGUGGCCGUGACGACAAGAACCAGGUCAUCUCCACGGUAAUGUGCUGGGACCCAGUCACAACCACAAUGACCGAGGAAUGUGUGUUACCGCUUGGUGUCUCUCACCACGGAAGCGUCACACUCCACAAGUCCUACACACACAUACGCAGGAUAGCACCUGCGACCGUGUCUGUGUGACAGAGAACUGGGACUAUGUGUGUGAGAAUUAAUGUGUGGAGAAAAAGAUACGGGGACGGGGAGCAUGGACUGUGUGUGGGUGUCAGCAUUUAUACUUGAAUGCACUUAUUGUAAGUUGUCUGCUAAAUAACUAAAUGUAAUGCUAAGUUUUGUUUCAUAAUAUUUUUUGAAAGUGUAAUAUCACAUUCAAACGGGUACCACUAAAUAAAUAAAU